GUGAACCAAGAAAACGAGUCACUUCGAGCGUGUACGUGUGUUCGAGACAGUACACGGUGGAAUGUUAGUGGCGGAAAGUUGGUCCGUUUUCAGUUGGUUGCGAAAUCCCUCGUCACGCGACAACAGGGAAGGAAGACGAGAAGGAAGAAAGGAAGGAAGGAAGUCGACGCUGGUGGAGGAGGCAUUAUUAAAUCGGCCGGCCCGUAAUCCGGUCGUGUUGCUCGCGUUUACGUGGCCGAGGCGAAAACUAUGCGGCACGAGGCACGAUGAAGGGGCCAAGAAUCGGUGGCCUACCGAGCGGGAAAAAGCUGGACUUCUGCCAGGAGCCGCGUCACACUUGGACAGUGUUGCUGGUGUAUUUGGGCAUCUGCGCCUUGCUGCCUGUCACGAUUCUCUCCGCGCCUGUGCAACUUCGUGAAAUAUCGAAGGAGGGCUCGCAGCGGCGUCCAAACGAUGCCAAUAAUGACUCAGCCGAAGGGGAUUUGCCCGUUUUUGAACCGACAGCGGCGAACGUCAGCGCAUUCGUCGGACAGACCGUGUACCUGCCAUGCCGCGUGCGAAAUUUGGGAGAUAAAGUGGUGCAUGGAGGUAGCAAGGAGAUAUCGAAGGACGACCCUGUUCUUUGCGAAUUUCUACGGCAUGAAAAAAUCGAACUGGCUGCAACGUUUCCCACGAGGAUUUCGCCGAGAGAUCGAAAGCUCUGGUUCGGAAAACGUGCAACUGUGUCCUGGAUGAGAAGCAAGGACCUCCACAUUCUCACGUCAGGAAACACUCUGUUCAGCUCGGAUACGAGAUUCGGGCCUCAGCAUACACCGGGUAGCGACGCGUGGACGCUCAGGCUGGACAACGCCAGGAAGACAGACACCGGCAAGUACGAAUGCCAGGUGAACACCGAGCCCAAAAUGAUGUAUGCUGUUCAGCUGUCCGUGCGAGAUCCUGACAAACCGGAGGGUUACGACGAGCCACACUCUCAGCAGACGCGAAUAAGUUACGAGAGCACGGCACCAGUGGCUGCCAUAAUGGGUCCACGGGAGCAGAGGGUGCCAUCGGGGUCGACGAUCACCUUGAGAUGCGUCAUAUUGUCCCCGUAUCAGACGCGGCCCAUCAGGGGCGUGCAAUGGCUCCGGGAUAACAAACUCCUAACAUUCCAGGCUGCGCGAGGGGGAAUAAACGUGGAGACUGAAAGAGGCGCGGCUCGAACAGUCUCGGAAUUGACUCUGGCAGCGGUCACGCCGCACGACGUCGGAAAAUAUUCGUGCAGACCAACAGAGGGACGAACCGACACUGUAAUGCUGAUCGUCGAACCAGGAGAACGUACGGAAGCCAUGCAACGUGACGCCGGAUACGUCUCUGGCGGAUGUGACGUCAGGCACUGGGCCGGGCUUCUACUUCCGUUCUCGUGGUUUCUAAUACUCGCACGAAACAGCCAAACUUUCCUGCAAUAGCGCACACUACGACAGUAUUUCACGCGCGUUUCUCUCGUCCUGUCCCUAUUCUCUCGUUCUUCCCGUCGACGGGAGAGAAAGUACCUAGAAAUUCGACCAAACAGCGAAUAGAUCGUAAGUUAGAUACGUAGGAAUUAUUGAUAAGAGGGUAACGAGGAGCCAUUACACGUAACAGAAACACCGCCAUAGUGUUGCCAUUUGAAUUUCACAGCCAACUCGAUUUACAGAGAUUAUUCGCAGCUUACACGGCGAGCUUGAUGAAAUAAUUCUGAAAUUCAUUUCGAGAUUGAUUUGAUUGAAAAGAGAAUUGAUUCCGGUUUGAAGAGCACAGGUGGAAAACAUGAUAAGUAGAUUGUGUAUAUUUAUGCAAAUUUGUAUUUUUAUGAAUACGAUUAAAAAGAUGGAAGCUAGCGAGAAAUUUGUUUUUCCUGCUAUAUGUUAUAAUUGGUACUAUAUUUUGGAUAUUUUAUACGCUUUUGCGCAGUACGCGUAUUCUGUGCAAAGUCUAUUCUAAUCACGAGUCUUUAUAAAGGAAUGACGAUUAUUGUCAUAGUUUUAACGUGUGUUCUUCGUCCUUUUCGGCUAUGGAGUUACUUCUAUCGUAUUGCGUGUCUGGCAAUAACUAACAAAACGAUGCAUAGAAUACGUAGCGGUGGUGGUGGAUAGUUGAGUGGAAUCGAUUAGGAUAGUUUAACAGCAAUCGACAAUUAUCGAAACACUAGAGAACAUCCGCGCUUCGCGAACCACUCUGUAUCUCCGAGAUUACUUUAAAAACCGACGCAUCGCGAUCGCUUGUUUUUUAAUCGGAAGCAAAUUUCAAAUAUUUGAAAUUAUAAAACGACGGUGUGGAAAUAACGAGUCGUUUAGUCGGUUCACAGUACUUCCACGUUACUCUUCCUUCUUCAAUGUUGAAUAUCCGCACGACGUGGAUAUUCUCUUUAAGAAUUAUUAAGAAGAUCGAGCAAUCCGGGGCAAUUCGUCGGAAAAAGUGGUAGAAACGAGAGUCGUUGAAGGAACCUUUGGUAAAUUUAUUUUUUACGUAAAUAAUUCAGUAAGUGAGCCGCAGCGGCGAUCUGAGAACGGUGUCGGAACGUCUUUUUCACUACGCCCUUGCAAUUCACGACGCUUCUUUGAGCGUCCCUCUUCAAGUCAAUGGGAUUAAAGUGGCCGAGUAACGUCAAAGGAUGUGCAAGUAAUUUGAUAUCCUGUAUCUUAACUCCGCCGAUGCCUCUUUGCAACCAGGGAACAGCAUUAAUGAAAUUUUUUUCUUCGUUCGUAAUUCGAUUCGUGGAACAUGAGAAAAAUAACAGCCGUUUGCGAUAAUUUUACACAUGAACGUCGCGUGGCUUUCAAUUAUUUUGCCACUCAGAUGUGGCAAACAAACCAAUUUUCUUUUAUUUCUCUUUCCGACGUUUCUCUGUUUUAUUGUUACAGAAGUGGAUAAAAGAAUGUUUAAAAUUGAAAGUAUGAAUUAGUAACUUUUAUGCUAGACGUCCUUUAUCGUAUUAAUAAUAAUCGUCUAUUUUUAUUUUAAGAAAUGGGAUCUUCCCAAAUUUCGAAGGGAAUUUGAAUUUCAUUACAAAUUCAAGUCUACACUGAAAGCAAUUAGAAGAUCGAUGAACAACACAAACAUAAUUCAAUUCGUAGAAUUAUGAUGUGCUUUCUUUCUUACUGUGUAUCUUACAAAUUUUCUUUAUCACGUUAUAUACAUAAUAUGAUUAAUUUAAUUCUCAGAAAACGAUGGUUUCUCUUUAGAAAAUUGGUCAAUUUAGUCUCGAUAUGGCUUGUUAAACGUACAAUUCGCAGUUAUCCUCGCUAGUUUCAGGUUUAUUUAUGAGCGUACCUUAACGGUCUUAAAUGGUCUUAAACACGCACAAUUAACGCCACGAUUAAGAUAGUAUUUAUUAUUACGAUACCUUAAGUAGACCUUUGAUCAUUAUUGAAACGAAUUUGUCUGUAUAUUAGAAACAAUAGGUUUAUAACGGCACAAAGGUAUUUAAUCGUACCUCUAAAAUAUUUAAACACGCUUUGUACGAUAUUUCUAAAAUAAAACCUCUCGAAUCGCA